AUGUCAUCUCGUGCCAAAAUCCUUAGAUUGACGCUAACUGAAACGAAUCUAACCGAUAUAAGAUUCGAGUGUCGGAGUAACAAGUUAGAAUUCUUCACCAUUAUCGAUAGUCGAAUAAGUGUUUUACCUGUCGGCAUAAAAUGGCUCUCAAAUAUAAAGGCUAUCGAUAUACUGAAAUCUUCUUUGAAGUUUGUCGAUUUCAGCCUUUUUAGUAAACUGGCACGCCUGGAACACAUCAGCCUAAGUUACAAUGAAAUAGCGUCCCUUCAAUUUCCCGACGGUCAGCGUGAAGAUUUCGGUAAGCUUAAGGACAUAUUUUUGUCCAACAACUUUCUGACGACGGUCCGCGUGAACGACUUUAACAACAUGAGGGCUCUGGAAAUGCUGGAUCUAUCGAACAACCGUAUCGUGUCCUUCGACGGCCAUCUCGAGUCAAACAGCUUGCGAAAUCUCGACCUGUCUCACAACCGUUUUGCUGCGUUAAGCUUUUGCGGCUGGAACGUAACGGGCCUAACCAAAUUCGACGCGCACAAUAACACUCUGAAGCGGUUACCAGUCUGUAUGGAGACGGCAAUGCCCAGUGUGAGCUACUUAAUGCUUUCAUCGAACGUGCUGGCCGGCGAUGAAAUCUGGCACCGACUAGCCACUAUGACCAACCUGCAAAUGCUUGACGUCAACCACAAUCGUCUUACAAGUGCUGUUGCAGUGCAGUGGAAAUGUGUCGAUUUCGGUUGUUCGGUGUGGAACUGGAAUCCGUUCCAGGAAGGUUCAUUUUCACUAACCCACAGACCGGCUUACACCGCUUCCAUGACGUUCUUAAAUCUGAAGACAUUCUCGCUAAGCUUGGCGCUACUUGAACAGAAGAACCUGCUGGAAGAGUACACAACCAUUAAAAGAUCGCCUGUUUACAGUAUUUAUUUACCAUCUCGUACCAACUUGUCCGCAUUGGUUCUGGAGGAAACGUACGUCUCUAAUGUCACGUUCGAAGCGAAUAACACCUACCUGGAUAAACUGUCCAUUAACGACAGUCGAUUGAAGGAUGUACCUAUCACAGUGAUACACUUAUCCGGUAUAGAGUGCAUCCAGAUUACAAACUCUCGCAUACGCAGCGUAGACAUUAGCCUGUUCGCCAAACUGCACCGGCUGGAAAGUCUUAACCUGAACUUCAACCUAAUCAAACAUCUUGACUGCAGCACCACAGCGGAUGGCGAUUUUCCGAACCUGAAAGAGCUGUUUCUAUCCUACAACCGCUUGACAACGGUAAACUUCAAGCAUUUCAGCACAAUGCACUCCCUGAAGGUGCUAUAUCUUUCAAACAAUCAGAUCAUCCAAGUGCAGGGUUCAUUAGUGACGGGUAAUUUAACAUUUCUGGAUUUAUCACAAAAUUCCAUCUCAACGCUUUCCUGCUGCAAUUGGACUGUGGACAAUCUCAACAGCUUUGAUAUGUACAACAAUAAGCUUGAACUACUACCGACCUGCAUAGAGGAUACGAUGUCCAGCUUGAACUAUCUUCAUUUGUCCGCCAAUGCUUUAUAUGACAGUAGCAUUUGGAACCGAUUGGCCAGUAUGAGAGAUCUGCAAGUGCUGGAGAUUAGCUACAACCAGCUGACGAGUGUAGUGUUGAGCCAUGCGCUUCCAUCGCUUACAUACCUCAACGUGGAGCACAAUCGGAUAACAGCUGUCAGUGUUUCAGUCGCAAACGAUGGCCUCAGCAUCAACGCCAACUGCAAUCGGAUUGAACAGUUUGAUCCGGCAAAUGUGACGCACAACGUUACCACGUUCCACAUGCAUUGCAACCCGUUGGACUGUAGCUGGGACAGGAGAUUUAACACAGGACAAAGCGGUGAUGAAAUCAAGCCGCAGUGUGUUGUCGACAACGAUAUUAAAUGUGAGGGAUGUCAUGCUUAG